AUGUCGUUCUUCAUUGAAAAUCCCAAUGUGGGCAACCACAGUCACCUCGAGGACUCUCGCAUUCUGGGUUACAACCCCCUCACCCCGCCCAACCUCCUCCAGCAUGAGAUCGCAUUGACCGAAGCGUCGCGGAAGACGGUGUUGCAGGGCCGUGAUGAGGCCGUCGCAAUUGUUCUCGGUACCGACGCCAACGAGCGUCUGAUGGUGGUCAUCGGUCCCUGCUCCAUCCACGACCCCGCGAUGGCCCUCGAGUACUGCGAUCGGUUGUUGAAGAUGAAGGAGAAGUACCAGGAUGACCUCCUCAUUGUCAUGCGCUCGUACCUCGAGAAGCCCCGUACAACAGUCGGCUGGAAGGGUCUGAUCAACGACCCCGAUCUCGACAACAGCUUCAACAUCAACAAGGGUCUGCGUGUCUCCCGCCAGCUCUUCGUUGACCUGACCAACAAGGGCAUGCCCAUUGCCAGUGAGAUGCUGGAUACUAUCUCUCCUCAGUUCCUUGCCGAUUGUUUGUCCGUCGGCGCAGUCGGCGCCCGUACCACCGAGUCUCAGGUCCACCGUGAGCUGUCCUCUGGUCUGUCCUUCCCCGUCGGUUUCAAGAACGGCACCGAUGGCACCCUCGAUGUCGCCGUGGACGCCAUCGGCUCCGUCAAGCACCCCCACCACUUCCUGUCUGUCACCAAGCCCGGUGUCGUGUCCAUUGUCGGCACUGUCGGCAACCCCGACUGCUUCGUGAUUCUGCGCGGUGGCAAGAAGGGCCCCAACUACGAUGCUGCCAGCAUCAAGGACGCCAAGGCCAAGCUUGAGGCCAAGGGCCUUCCCCCCCGCUUGAUGGUGGACUGCAGCCACGGCAACUCGGAGAAGAACCACAAGAACCAGCCCAAGGUGGCCGCUGUUCUGAGCGAGCAGAUUUCCCAGGGUGAGACUGCCAUCAUGGGUGUCAUGAUCGAGAGCAACAUCAACGAGGGCAACCAGAAGAUGCCGGCGGAGGGCAAGUCCGGUCUCAAGUACGGAGUCAGUAUCACAGACGCGUGUAUCAACUGGGAAGACACCGAGACUACGCUCGAGACACUGGCACAAGCCGUGCGCACCCGGAGAGAGAAACUGAGCGCCAAAUAA